UUUGUUUUAAUGAUGGCUUUGCAAAAGCACACACUAGAUCACCCUAAUUUUAUAUAAACGCUUAAACAUGACUAUUUUUAUUAUAUUUUCUUAUUUUAAAAUGUUUUCAACUUCACAGUCCGUCUCGUUUUUAUCUUGUUUCCCUCUAAAAGGCAAAAAACGAUAUUUUUGAAAUUUAUAUUUCCAAAACGGCUUUAUUAAUUUGAGAAAAUUUAAACCGUGACGUCAAUUAACUUCACUUUUUUACCCUUGUCUGAUACUUGGUAUCGUUCUUCAUCCUUAUAAAUCCGAUUGGACUUUUGGCGUUUGGAUAUGAGCACUUCCACGAAUACAUUUUUAAAGGGUGGUAGUUCCACCCUUUUAUGUCUUAAGCAGGAUGUUAAAAUAAACCAACUGUCCUUCAAUUUCCAGUUCGCUUAUCAGUGCUCAAAUUAUGGCUUUGUCUCUUUUAUCAUUACUAAAAAAGUUGACCAUCUCCCUGACUUACACAGGAGGCCAUUCAGUGAGUGCCCUGAGCGUCUUAACCGCAUUUUCUUUAAACACUGUUCUACAAAGGAAGAAAUAAUCAAUUGGUGCAAUUAUAUUCAAGAGGAGGGUGUCAAACCUAGCGUCAUUCUUAUUAAUGAAUUUGACGACUUUUCAGGUUCAAAUAAAUUUGAACCUGUCGAGGUGUCCGCUGCACUCAUUGACGCCAGCAAUUUUUUAAGCGAGAUAAACAGGCUUAAUACAUGUCACCUCAUUAUUAGUGUGAAAGAAGAGAGUCGUUUCAAUAGCCCUCCGCUUUGGUCACUUUUCAAUAAUAUUUUUCUUAUUGAAAAAUCAUCCGAGGAUAUAAUUGCCAAUCUCGUUUUUCCAGUGAAAGAAAAUAGUACUCAAUUCAAACUAUAUAAAGGCAAAGACAACUCAUUAGAAAAAGCUGCAGCAUAUAAUUUUUUGAAAAUAAAUUAUACACAGUGAUACCUUCAUUUAUACUUAAUUCUAAUAUAUAACAGAUUAUUGUAAUACAUAUGCAGUUUAAUGAUGAUAACUAUCAAUAUUCAGAACUGUAAUUGAAUACUACAACCUAUAAUAUUGGCAUUUAAAAAAAAAAGUUUAAUUAAUGUUGCUGUACUAUUGUAUUAGAAAUUCAUCUUGUUAUAGUUUGAUAAAUAAACUUAAAUACAUAACACAAAAA